CAACGGUCACUCUAAAGUCUUGUUUACUCACAACAUAAAUCUUUAUUGAACAUUUUUCUUUGAUUCUUUUCAAUUUAUAUUAGUGAAAUGUGGGACUUUAACAUACGCCUAAUUGAGCUGGUCCGCGCCAAUCCCAAUCUCUACGAGCGGGAACUGCGGAGCACGCCCUACGACACGAAUAAGAAGCGGAAGACGGAAAUCUGGCGCAGCAUUUCCGCUUCUCUGAAAACGGAUGUUAAUACCUGCAUUAGCACAUGGAAUCAUCUGGUGGCCAAGCUGCGUCGGGAGUCUGAGAAAGAGAAGGCGGGAGGCGCUGGCUCCGAUUGGAGUCUUCUGCCCCACAUGCGCUUCCUGCAGCAGCCGCACCAUGCCGGAAACCACCGCAGUGUAGUAGACACUAAUUGGCAGUCUCUGAAACCCCAGUCGCCCAUUGAGGAGGUCCACAACGAGGAGGAUCCGUUACAAGAGGCCAUGGAUGAGCAGUUGGCCAGUGCAGGAGCAGCAGCACCGGCACAGCCGCUUCCACCAGCGGCUAAUCAUGCCCCAGCAGCACCACCUCCAACCGCUGCCCCAGUGAGCGCAGAACUGCUAAAGCGGAUUGAGGCGCUGCUCGAGGGAUUGGGGGAUGCGAACCGGGUCAAGGCGGAGAAAAGGAUUCUGGCCUAUCUCUGCAAAUGUAACCUGCGCGCCCUCAACGAAGAGCAAAUUGAUGAUAUAAUUAUUUAGUGAGGUAAUAACUGCAAUGGUGUUCAGGAGCGUUAAUUCACUAUCAUUUACAAAGUUGUUUUUACUUAAUUUCGAUAUUUUAAAUGUAAUUUAUUUUAGGUUUAAAGACAUCUUUGUACAUUUAGCAUUUCUAAUAAUUACAUUCAAUAAGAAACUUUAGUUGGAACUGCACAAAAUGUUAUAUACAAGAAAUACGUUUCGUUACUUGAAAAUUAAUCAAUUUUAAAAGAGUUAGCUUGUUAAAAUUUCAUAAAUUAGAAAAAAUAUUGCCACUACUGUCUAAGAUUUUACCUUGAAAAAUAUAUACUUUAUUAACGUUUCCAAUGUCUAAAUCGAACAAAAGGUUCAUUAAAAUUAAACAAAGAAUAUUUGUGAUUGUAAACCUUAGCAAAUGUUUUUGUUAUAAGCUAAUUUAUAUUUCAUUUCAAAUAAAUAGCUGAAACAACAUUAAAA